GAAGAUGAAGAAGAUGAUCCUUAUAAUGCAAGAAUAGAGAAAACAGGAUGCUUCCAGGAAAAUGAAAAUUUACAAUUAUGCUUUUAUGAUAAUAAAGACUGGAGAAAAUGUAAAGAUGAAAUGCAGGCAUUUCGAGAUUGUUUUACAAAAAAU